AUGUCCAGGCAGCGUGGUCCUGACUCCCAGUCAAGUGAAGACGCCGGCGGCGCCUGCAGCGUCCAGGUGUCCCUGCGCCACAUCGUCCAGGACGGUGCCAAGGGGAAGCCAUGGACACCAAUGUGCAUCCAGAAGAUGGACGCAUGCUUCGCAAAAUGUUCCAAGUUCGACCGAGGAUUUGUCAUGUUCACGCUGGAGCGGAACAUGUUGACUACGUCCAAGAAAUCGAGCAAGGAGCCAGUCUCAUGUAAUUUGCCCUCCUUCAACUCGUUGUUGCGAGCAAGACGCGAGACCUCCAUCAAGUGCGCGCAGGACGCACUGGAAGUCGAAGAGAUGGAGACUGACGACACCCCCCAGAUGAAGAAGCGCAAGAUCAAAUCCUCACAUGAAGCGUUGGUCAAUCCAGUGAUCAGCAUCCCCUUCCCAGAGUGUGGGGACUGGCCCGAGCGGCAGGUCAAUGUGCUGUGGGGGGUCAAGUCCAGCGACCUGUGGGUCGAAUUGACACCGGCCAAUAUGAAGCACUUGAAGUGCAUUCUGAAGACUGAGAUGGAAAAGGGCGAGGUGACCUGCAAGAAGAAAAGUUCACCGAAGAAGAAACGGGCAUCGCCGAAAAAGUCUCCGAGGAGGAGGCUGCGCCGCUCCACUCCCUUGGCGGAGUCGCCCAUGGCCGAUGGUGAGCAGGUGGAGGGGACUUUGGUUGACUCGGAUCAUGCUGAGGAGGUGGCAGAGACCUUGGAAUAUGUUGAGGGAUGA